CCACUCGACUUAGCAAACCAGAUUUGUGUGGAAGUAUAUAAAUCAACAUUUAAUUCAGUACAAAUUAUCUGCGAUAAAUUAUUCAGUGAUUCUUCAUUUUCAACGAGAUGCCUAAGGUUCCAGAAAUAAAAUUCAACAAUGGCCAGACGUUCCCCAUGUUUGGUUUAGGAACUUGGAAAUCGAAACCAGGAGAAGUUGUCCAGGCUGUAAAAGAUGCAAUUGAUAUUGGCUAUCGCCACAUUGAUUGUGCCCACCUAUACGGCAAUGAAAAAGAAGUCGGAGAGGCCAUAAAAACCAAAAUAUCGGAAGGAGUAGUGAAACGGGAAGACCUCUACAUUACGAGCAAAUUAUGGUGCAAUUCGCACAGAUCAGACUUGGUGGAACCAGCACUCAAAGUCACUCUUAAAAAUCUGGGACUGGAUUAUCUUGAUUUGUAUUUGAUUCACUGGCCUGUUGAUUUUAAAGCAGGUCCUGACCUCUACCCUGUUGAUGCCAACGAUAAAUUUGUCUUCGGCAACGUGGACUACGUGGACGUCUGGAAAGCCAUGGAAGAAGUCAACAAAAAAGGCCUUGCAAAAUCUAUUGGCAUAUCAAACUUUAAUAAGCGACAAAUUGAAAGAGUCCUCGAGAAAGCUACCAUCGUGCCAGCCACCAAUCAAAUUGAAUGCCACCCUCACUUGAACCAAAAGAAACUGAUUGAAUUCUGCAAAUCUAAAGGAAUCACGGUGACGGCUUAUAGUCCCUUGGGGUCUCCUGACAGACCUUGGGCUAAACCAGACGACCCAAAGCUCACGGAAGAUCCAAAAAUCGUGCAAAUUGCAGCUAAAUACAAGAAAAGUCCAGCACAAGUCAUUCUUAGAUACCAAAUCCAACGUGGCAACAUUACCAUUCCCAAAUCGGUCAAUAAGUCAAGACUGAGAGAAAAUUUGGACAUUUUUGACUUCGAACUAAGCUCUGACGAUAUUGCGUAUCUUGAUACGUUUGACUGCAAUGGAAGAGUGUGCCACUUCGUAGAAGCUACAGGCCACCCAAAUCACCCCUUCACCAACGACGACUACUAAAACCACACUUCCAUUUUUUUUUCUAUUCAAACUUUUUCGAUGUCUUUAAUAUACAAUCACAUUAUAAUACAAAUUGUUACAAAUUUAGUAAAAUAACAAAAAUUAUUCAUCA